UAAUAUUCUGAAAACUAGCGCAGCUGGUGAGACAGAAGACUUCCAGUUUCUCAUUAGGUCUCCUAGUAGAAUGGACAUGACUAAAGCUACACCUUUGGAACCUGGGCCCAUCUAUUUCUUUGAUCAGCUGAAACCCGAAAGGAAAACAUGGAGAAGGAGGAUGUGUACGAACCUGUUUUCCCACCUGGAGUACUAUUCAAGAGCCAAGUAUAGUCAUAGAAAGAAAAGAAAAUCAAAAGGACUAAAGAAAAUAACACUAACUACAACAGCUACAUCAGAAAAAGAGGGGGCCCGCUCGCUCAGCAUCUCAAAAUCUCCUGAUGUGUUCAAACUUUCUCCAAACAUUAAAUUCUCCAAAGUACAUUCAAGGAUAAACUUAUUUGAAAAAUGCAAACUCAUUGCUCCUGAAAUACUAUAUGAACUUGAGGAGACACUUCAGAAAUAUGCUCAAUGUAACAUUCCUUUCCCUGUGGGGCUUGUAAAUUUCCUGAAUUACAGCUGGCAAGAUCUUACCGAAGGUGCUUACAAUUACGUAUCCAAAGACCCAUUGUUGGAGGAAGGCAAAGCCUUGAAAAGAAAAUCCAAUUCCAUGGCCCUUGCUAACUUAAAGGAGCGCAAAAUCAGCAACCAUCUAAGAAGAGAGUACCAUGCAGAAAAUCAUCUGGUUAAACCAAAAAAAGAUCACCAUGUUCCAUCACGCAGAUCCAUGGAAAAAUUAUCUCUUGUCAGCCAAAACCAGUAUUCUCAGAUGUCCCAGGAGAGUGAUUCACCUGUUGUCAUCCACUUCUCUCUGACCUCCAAGAUCUGUUUAGAAAAUGGUUGGAUCUUUCCACAGCCUUUCUCAAAACUGGAAAUUCCGAAUUGGAAGACAGUCCUCGGUAUUGCUGUGAAGAGACUACAAAUAGCCAGACUUCAAAUAAAAACAGAAGAAGCUAAACUGAAAAAAGGGGGACUCAACCAACAACUUAUUCUGAGCUACUAUAAUGAGCCUGAAAGCAAGGAGGAGAGCCAGGAUCUUGGCAGGUCCCAGAGUUUCUGGAAGGAGCUGCUGGAAGGGAAGUCUCUGGUGCAGAUGCCAGCUGUCAGGAAGGCUGACCCCAUGAUGAAAAAGUUCCACUAUGCCCUGGUAGAUGGCUCCUCUCUGACCUACUAUCCUUCUGGCCGCCUGGCUGUCUGCCAAAGCUACUCUGACCUUCCUUGGGGUGGUGUGUACACCAACAUAUUCAGUGACUUGCCGAAUCAAGUAAUCCUUGGGACCUUUACGCCUUUUGGAUGCGGUAGCAUUUCUUUACCUAAUAGCCGAAUAGUAGUGAUGAUGUUUAAUCAAGAUGGAGGCUUGGUGAUCAGCAAAAAUGGAAUACUCACGAGGGAAUGGAUGUGGCCUUCAAAGGGAAAGCUCAACGAUCCAGUGGAAAUUUGGGUGAAUAAGUUCAUCACUGUGAAGAUUUCUGGGCGUUUUGCCAUCAGCUUGGACUACAAAUGCCCUCCCCAAAGCCUGAAGCUGUCUCUAGCACCUGUCAAAAGCAAGCCUUUUCCUCAAUGUUUACAUGAAGUGUUUUUUCCUGAUAACAAGCCCAUCUCUGGAGAAGCCAAGGAGUUACUCAAGGACUACAAGUUGAAGUGCAAGCAACUGAAAUUCACAGCAUGGAAUAAAGACGCUUCAAGGGUAGGAGACCCAGAGUUUGCUGACACAUUUGAUUUAGCAACAGACAUAAGCCCUCUGCAUGACAUCACAACAGACAUCCAGUUAAGAAGACUUCAGAAGAAGGCCAAGCAUAUCAUCCUUUGCUGGCUGGAUCACUACAGAUUUGCAGUCGGAGUAGAAUCGCUACACAUUCACAAACUACCCAAAUUUCUGCAAAAAGUGGUCAGGAGGAAAAAUGUCUUGUCUGCAAAAUUUCCUCUAGAACAAAAAGCAAAGGAAAAAGACGGGAUUAAAGAGUAUCUUCGAUAUCGAAAUACCUUCCUAGAACUGAGGGGCUUCUUUAAGCCUUCACCUCUCCAUCACAUUCAGAGGAUCCCAGCCUGCAGACAGUCCUUCCGGUUUCAUCUUCCCAUCAAAAUCAAGGACUCAGGGUUUGCCUCCCAGUUGGUUUGUCCAGUGGUGCUAAGGAAAAUCCUGUGUGGGAAGGAAGGGGAGACAUUCCAAUGUAGCUGUCACAACAUCCCGGAAGUGACAGACCUAGAGUACGAUCUUCUUAUAAGCAAGCAGCUGUCCUCGGUGGACCAGAUCAUCAUAGUUUACGUGUACUCAGCGAAGGAAAAGGACAAGACUGUAAGGAAAGUGGCCAGAAUGUACAGGAAACUGAAUAGAUCUAGAAACAUGCCUUGCAUUCAGAGUCGUUUGGAUACCUUUCGUCUGCUCAAAUACAACAUUGUCUCGGCGUCUAAAUUUACAGGCAGUAAUUGUCCGCUUCUGGUUCAAAGACACAAUGUCAUCCCAGGAAUUUUUUUGAUGUACAUUCGGGGGAAAUUACUAUUUGCCAACUUUAUUUUCAAUGGUUAUAGUACAUCGAUUAAUGACCUUCAAAAGCAAAUUGUGAAGACGAGGAAAGAUUACCAGAUGGGAUAUUUCCUGCCCAGUGACUUCAGAAUCCGAGCUCAAUCUACUUCAUGUCUUGGAAAUGAAGAUACACUUACCUAAAAUAAAAAUAAAAGCCUAAAAAAUCCCCCGC